AACUAAACCUUUAACUUAAACAGUUUCAAAAAAAAAGGGGGGGGGGGUCAUCAAAAAAAUGGGUUCUUUGUUCUCAAAACAAUUUGAAAGGCGUAAAAAUAUCAAGGCUGAAAAGAAAACCCUUUGUGAUCUCAAUGAAAACUGCGGUGAAUCGUAUCCCGGAAGUGAUUACCGGCCAGCGGAUAGGAAGAAUUGGAUGGCCGGACUUGGGGUUGAUAAAGUUUAUAUAAACAAGAUUGUAUGGCCGGGAACUCAUGAUUCGGCGACGAACAAGAUCGGUAUUCCGUUUAUUACUCGUCCUUUUGCACAGUGUCAAUCGCUAUCGGUAUACCAACAACUCGUUAAAGGUACUCGGGUUUUGGAUAUUCGGGUCAACGAGAACCGUCGUGUGUGUCAUGGGGUUUUAACGACGUACGGUAUCGAUGUUGUUAUCGGCGAUAUCAAGAAGUUCUUGUCGGAAACACAGUCGGAGGUGAUAAUACUGGAGAUUCGUACGGAGUUCGGUCAUCAGGACCCGCCGGAGUUCGAGAAGUACUUAGAAGAACAACUCGGUGAGUACCUUAUUCAUCAAGACGAACAUGUGUUUGGAAAAACGAUAGCUGAACUAUUACCGAAGAGAAUUAUUUGUGUGUGGAAACCAAGCAAAUCUCCACGUCCUCAAUCUGGGUCUCCGUUUUGGAACGCGGGUCAUUUGAAAGAUAAUUGGAUCGAUACGGACUUGCCGUCGACGAAGUUCGAUAGCAACUUGAAGCAUUUGUCGGAACAACCACCGGCUUCGUCGAGAAAAUUCUUUUAUAGAGUGGAGAAUACGGUGACUCCACAACCGGAUAACCCUAUUGUGUGUGUUAAACCGGUGACGAAUCGGAUUCAUGGGUAUGCGAGGUUGUUCAUCACGCAAUGCUUUACAAAGGGUUGUGCUGAUCGGUUGCAGAUCUUUUCGACAGAUUUUAUCGAUGAGGAUUUCGUCGAUGCUUGUGUCGGACUUACCCAGGCUAGGGUUGAAGGGGCUUGCUGACGAAAGUGGGGAUAUUGUUUUGUGUGGUUAAAAUUAUUUGGUGUUUUUUUUUUUGUAAAAUAAUUUCUUCAUACAUGGAAAUUGGGUUGUUCAGUUUAUUUUGUUUGUAAUGUUGUACCAUAUGUUUUUUAUAAUAGACACUAUUGUUUAAUUGUAAUGUUUCAUAUCUUAUUAAAAAUUUAAAAAAAUUGAUACUCA